ACUUUCUGUCACCUAGUCCAUGACCUACCUAGGUACUUUAGCACCCUUUAGAGCCUGAAGCUGUACCUACUCAUACAUAGACAAGCGAACUCUGUGAGAUUUGCCUACCCACACACACCUGACGUUCUCCUACCUCCCCUAAAGAACGGCUCCAUCGUAUUUAGUCAGUCAUGGUUGAAUUUACCUUGCUCAUAGGUACUUAACCUGCUCGUGCUUCAUUCAUACUAUACUGCAUCACCUAGCCCAUACAGUACUAUAGACAGCCUACAUUAAGCGACCUGUGUGCUGUCCUACCACAGGACUUACCCAAAGUGCGGGGUAAAACAUGGGAGCCCGAAGUCACCGGCCGUGACAACAGCUCUUCCAGCUCGCAAAGACGGUGACGACAGCUCUUCCAACUUUCAAAGACGACAACGCAUCACCAACAAUGGGGAUAAACUGUGGCUUCGACAUCUACCCGCCCUUAGAGCGUACUCACACAAACCAGGCUCUGUACGAACGCUUCCUACACGAUGUACUUGUAUCGUAUGGUCUACCCCACGACGGCAGGCCGCAUUCAGAUGCUGGAGACGGCAACAAUGCCAUAAUAUCUGUGAACACCGAGUCCAAGACCUCCUACAUUGAAUUUCUGGUCGGCGAACAUCCAUGCAUGCCACGCCGGUGUGAGAACUUCCUACGUUUCAGCUCUAAAGUUAGUGGCAGCUCAACCGCUGAGCCGCAUAUAAGAACAGUCUACAAGAUUGCAAGACAAUAUCUGGGGGAUCGGGUUUAUCGCUGGCAUGAGAUGAACGAGUUUGGUCCAUAUAUCCACAUGAAUGGAUGCUAUAGUUGGACAGAGAUUUACGCGGCACGGAGGCGAAUAGAGGAACCAGAGGACCCAGAGGAGCCGAAACAUAGCGCAAUGAGCUCUGAUGUCCUUCAGCAUGUCGAAGAUGGAGCAGAUAAGAUGCUCGCAAUGGGAAUCAGCGAAACCAAAUUGUACGAUGUCAAACCUGUCUCGGGCAAAGGCCAAGGCGUCAUCGCGACCUCCAACAUCCCCAAGGGCACACGCAUACUACUGGAGGCUCCUCUCUUCAAGUUACCUGAGACCGUCCCGGAUAGCAUUGCCGAGGCAGUUGUAGUACGGGAGGUGAAAACCCUCUCGAGAUGUCAGCAGCGAGAGUUUUUCUCGCUACGGAACGUACACAGACACAAAUGCAACCCCUUCCUAGGUAUUGUCCAAACAAACAUGCUGCCUCUGACUGAGGAUGAAUAUGGCAACGGUGGUUUGUUUCUCCAGGCGUCACGUUUGAACCAUUCGUGCCAGCCAAACGCGCAGCACACAUGGAACGCCAGCCUCGGUUGCUUGACUGUACACGCGCUGAACGACAUCGAGGCUGGUGAUGAGAUUACAAUCUCCUAUUUUAGCGGGGUUUCCAUGGAGCGGACGAAGCGGCAGCGCCAUUUGAGAGAUGGUUUCUGCUUCUCGUGCACGUGUAAGCUCUGUUCGCUGCCACCACCGGCCCGCCUUCGCAGUGACGACCGACUAGCCCAGAUCUGGUCCAUCCAAGAGGAUUGUGACGCCAUGGACGCGGAUGCGAUUUAUAGGCGUCCCCUUGAGUUAUUUCGACAAGCACAGCAGCUUCUCAGGUUGCUGGAUGAGGAAGACACCCAAGACAUAAGACGUUCGAAGGCAUACUUUGCUGCCUUCCUGAUCGCUGUUACCGUCGGGGACAAGCCCAGGGCCAAGGUCUUAGCCGAGAGAGCAUACAUUGCCCGCAAAUUAAUUUCUGGUGAGGACAAUCCGGUAACCGCGUCUUUCAAGCGGCUCAUGGAGCGACCGGUAGAGCAUCCUUCAUAUGGCGCGGCGAUGAAAUGCUACGGCGAUAGAUGGGAUCCACCAAGGCAUGUGGACGGAGAGGAGCUCGAGAAAUGGCUUUGGAAUCCGGACGAGUGGUCAAGAUACAGCCUCUCUUGACUAAGAAGCGUACUUGAGAAUGCCGACGAGCUGAUGUCUCUGCGGAAUGUGCUAUUACUGAUAGAAUGUCGGACCAUGGACUGAACGUGAAGAAACCGCCGGGCAUUUGAAAAUCCCCCAGUAUCUUGGCACUAUUUGCCUGCCCUACUAGUAAAACGGCGUCCCGAACUCCAAGGGUCCUAAAUGCUGCCGAUGCCGCACGGUACCCUUCCACGUCGAGCGUCCACGGCAUCGUGACAAAAAGCGACCACACAUAAAGCUUGUGUGUUUGCUUACCUCCGUCAACUAUCUCGGGAGCCAUGUAGAUUGGGCUA